UCACAGCGCCUGAGUGAAAGGAAUAUCAAAAUUUAUAAAUGUGAACUUGUUGCACUUAUUUUGAUACUCGUGAUUUUUAUUAACACACGUAAUUUAUUGUAAAGACAAGUAAAAUGCCACCUAAGCGUAGAGGUCGGCCACCAGGUUCCAAAAGUAAGAAAUUUAAGAAAAAGAAAAGAGUGAAAUCAAGUAAUGAAAAAAUUGAGUAUGUUUGUAAUGUGUGUUGUAAGAAUUUCAAAUCAGGAAAAGCCUUAUUAACCCAUAGGGGUUGUCAGAUGGGCUUAAAUAUACUUGAUUUGGCUGCGUCUGAAGUAACCAAGGCAGCCUUUAGUUGCAAGAAGUGCUCAAAAAAGUUUACAUUCAAGAACAGUUUUAUGGACCAUCUUCGAGAGGAACAUUCUGAAUUGCCUAAUGCUGUUGAGUGUGAUCAGUGCAUUGUCCGUUGCCCUGAUAAGCCAACAUUGAUUAAACAUAUUCAAAAAGUUCAUGAGAGAGAAAUAUUUGAUUGUCCAAAGUGUGGGAAGAAAUUUGUUCGAAGAGCUCAUGUCUUGCGGCACAUGUUUCAAAGUGGAUGCAAUGGACAGAAAGUGUCUUCCUUUGCUUGUGAAAUCUGCAAUGCAAGGUUCUCACGGAAAGAUAACUUGAUGGUACACAUUAGACUGCAACACAUUAUCAAAAAUGAACACCACUGCAAGAGCUGUACAUUUUGUACCAAAAGCUUUUCAAAGCUAGCCAAUCAUUGGCACAAAUUUCAUUCAGAUUCCCCAGAUCAAUAUCAGUGCCAUCACUGUGGAAGCUGGACCAGUUCCCGCGCGGCCAUGAUCAAGCAUCUUGAGAUACAUGAGAAGAAAUAUUCAUGUGCUGCGUGCGGCUACAGUACGUACACGAUCGAGGUGAUGCAGCGGCACUUGCUGACGCACGUGGACGACAAGCCCUACAAGUGCACGCUCUGCGACAAGUCCUACAUCCAGCGCGCGCAGCUGCAGCGACAUCUAGACAAGCACAAUGGCAACAUGUGUCCCGUGUGCAAGCAGACCUUCGAGACCAAUGCUAAUUUAAUGAUCCACAUGAGAGAACAUUUUGGGCUGGAGAAAUUAUUUUGCCCAGUUAAGCUGUGUACUUAUUCGAAAAGAGAAUUCAUGAAUGAAAAUAGCUUCCAGAACCACCUGAAAAUGCAUGUAUACAACAAACAGUACAAGUGCGACGUGUGCACGAAGUCGUUCCACUCGGAGAUGAACCUGCGGCGGCACCUGGAGACGCACACGCUGGACCGGCCGCGCCGCUGCAUGUACUGCGUGUCGGCGCGCGCCUACGUGCGCGGCGAGCAGCUGCUGCGCCACGUGCGCAAGCUGCACCCCGACGUGUUCCGCGGCCAUCUGCAGCACGUGCGGCAGGUGCUGGGUUCCAAUGUCUCCAUAGAACGAGUCAAGAAGUCAGAAAUGGAAUCAAUACUCAACCUGCUGGAUGUUGAAUCAGAACGUAUACUUCAGGGUUACAGCGGCUCCGGCGUACUGUACGGCGGCAUGCAGGAAGAUCAGGCGAGCCCCAGUAGUGACCAACAGAAGAGCGGUAAUAGCCCUCUCAUGUCAGAGGAGGAUCUUACAGAAAUCUUGCAGAAGCUUCUUACCCGACUUAUUGACAAAGAAACUUUGGAACUGUUUGGCUGGCCUGAUAAACCUGUUGAUGUGGUAUUGGAGAAAGUGAUCACUCAGUGCGGUGCAAAGCCCGCUGACCGUGAGAAGUGGACACGCGUGCAGCGUCUGCGCGAGAAUUCCAAGCAUUUGUUCUUGAGCGUAAUAGAGGACAAAAACAUCACGCGCAUGCUUGAAACGCACACCAUCGAUCAGAUCGUCAAGCACAUCCUCAAGCAAGUCAGCGAGGAUGACACCAAUGAAACUGCCGACAAGUAAGACCCUUCACAGUGGAAGUGAGAGAAAAGAGUCAGAUCGCGUCUAUUUUGAAAUAUCAUAGUUACUAUUUUGAUUGUAUUUUUCCACUGUAGUGCCUUUUUAGCUAGUAGCUACUUUAAAAAAA